UUCAUGUGUUUGUGUUCUUCCCUUCAUGAGCUAUAUUUUGUUGUGUUCUUCAUUUUCCUCUGCUCCAUAUAAAAGCAAAAUAAAAAACUAGAUUGUCAUUGAUCGAUCGAUGGUGAAGUUGACAAAGAGAAUAGGAGCGCUUGUGCUGCGAUUAGUGGCCUUUGGGGCGGCUCUCGCUGCUUUGAUCGUUAUGGUCACUAGCCGCGAGAGAGCUUCCUUCUUUGCCGUCUCUCUUGAAGCUAAGUACACCGAUAUGGCUGCUUUUAAGUAUUUUGUGAUCGCAAACGCUGUCGUGAGUGUUUAUAGCUUUUUAGUUAUGUUUCUUCCUAAGGAGAGUUUACUCUGGAAGUUCGUCGUCGUCUUGGAUUUGGUGAUGACAAUGCUACUAACGUCAAGCUUAUCAGCUGCGUUAGCGGUUGCGCAAGUGGGAAAGAAAGGAAACGCAAACGCAGGUUGGCUUCCAAUUUGCGGCCAAGUUCCAAAGUUUUGCGAUCAGGUCACGGGAGCUCUCAUUGCCGGCUUCGUUGCACUCGUCCUCUACGUCUUGUUACUCUUAUACUCUCUUCACUCGGUCGUCGAUCCUUUUCUUCUCCAGAAAUCUUGAAUCUAACUUCUUUUUUCCCUUUCAGUAUCGGUUAAUAUACGUUUUAAGAUCGUUCUAAUACGUAGUUUGUGUAUUGAAUAUAUAUGUUUUAUAU